GACUUCCGGUAUGAAGGGCAGGACUUCCGGGGCGGGCGGCCCAGGAGGAGGGAGGAGUGUCUGACAGUUGGCGCGACCUAGAGGGUGGACGGGCGCCUCGUGGGGGUGCGGGCCCAGUGGGCAAGGAUCAUCAUGCAAAACCACUGAGAUGUGAGUGUUCUCAGUUCCUGGCACAGAGUAAACACUCCAGAGAACCUGCUCCAUGGGCUUCAGAAUCACAGAGAACUUGCUUUUGAAUCUCAGAAAGGCUCCAGGAAGCAGGGUCAAGGCCAGGGAGACAAUGGUCUCAGUGACUAUGGCCACUUCCGAGUGGAUCCAGUUCUUCAAGGAAGCCGGCAUUCCCCCAGGACCUGCUGUUAAUUACGCUGUGAUGUUUGUGGAUAAUCGGAUCCAGAAGAGCAUGCUGCUAGAUCUUAAUAAAGAAAUCAUGAAUGAGCUGGGCGUGACUGUCGUGGGUGACAUCAUUGCCAUCCUCAAGCAUGCCAAGGUGGUACACCGCCAGGACAUGUGCAAAGCAGCCACUGAGUCAGUGCCCUGCAGUUCCAGUCCCCUCCAGGGCGAGCUUCGCCGUGGCUCUUCUAGUGCCGCUUCUCGAAUGAUCGCCAACAGUCUGAACCAUGACUCUCCACCCCACACUCCUGCACGGCGGUCAGACAACAGCACCUCCAAGAUCUCUGUCACCGUGUCCAACAAGAUGGCAGCGAAGAGUGCCAAGGCUGCAGCUCUGGCCCACAGGGAGGAGGAAAGCCUGGUUGUUCCCACCAAGCGGCGGCGGGUCACAGCUGAGAUGGAGGGAAAGUAUAUCAUCCACAUGCCCAAGGGAACCACUCCCCGCACCCGAAAGAUCCUGGAGCAGCAGCAGGCAGCAAAAGGUCUCCAUAGGACAUCUGUAUUUGAUCGCCUUGGUGCUGAGACUAAAGCAGACACGACCACAGGGACUAAGCCCACAGGAGUUUUCAGCCGCCUAGGGGCCACCCCAGAGAUGGAUGAGGAUCUGGCCUGGGACAGUGACAAUGACAGCAGCAGCAGCUCUGUCCUGCAGUAUGCUGGGGUCCUAAAGAAACUAGGACGAGGCUCAACCAAGGCCAGUCCCCAGCCAACACUGACUGUCAAAGCCAAGGCCACAAGCUCUGCAACCACAACAGCUACCACUCCAAAGCUGCGGCGCCUGGCCCUUCCCUCUCGCCCUGGGCCGGAGAAGAAGCCAGAUUCCCUGCCCAAAGUCAGCAUCCUUCAGAGACUGGGCAAGGCUUCCGUUGUGUCCGAGGCACAGGACAGCCAGGUCACAAGCACCAAGAGUAAGUCCUCAGCUGAGGUCAAGUUCGCCAUUAAGAGGACUCUGGUAGGGCCCCGGGGGAGCAGCUCCAACGAGAGCCUUGGUGCCCAGAUGGAUCAUGCAGGCACUGUAAGCGUGUUCAAAAGACUGGGCCGGAGGACUUUCUAGCCACAUACAGGGUGGGGUGCAGCAUGGAAUGGCAGGCCGGCUCCUGCUUUCAUCCCUUCCAGCCUUUCUUAAGGGCACACCUGCCCUCCUUCCAAGCUCUAGAUGGCACAAGGCUUGGCUCUCUCCGGCAUUUAUGCUGGUUCCAAGCACUCGGGGACACAGGCAUUUUUCCUGGUCUUUGAUGUUCCUGUGACCUGACCCUGCCUGCUCUGGGACUUUCCCUUCUUCCUGCCCUAUAUCCUCUGUGCAGUAACUGUGGCCUUGGCAUAGUCCCCUUUUCUACCUCUUCCCAAAGCCAAGGCCCUGUUUCUUUCAUGCAGUCCACCCCUGAUAGCAGCAGCAUCUGCUGCCUUAGACCCUCCUGUUGUGACUGCCCACCACAAAGGUGUCACCUGGAGGCCUACCCUGCGCCUUCUUUCCCUCUUCUCCCCCUUUCCCGCCUGCUGUGCUGUCUCUCCCUCUCUUCCCUCUUUUCAUUUCUUUUCUGUUUUCUGUCCCUGUGGCAAGGCCCGACCGUCCGCUGCAUCCUGUCCGACCCUCCUGCACCUCUGGCCUCCCAGCGGCCCCCUCGUCGACGGUGGCGGCGAACCUGUAAAGACUGUUAGCUGCCUUCCAUUCCCAGGCUGGAGGGACUCCCCCAGACCUGACCUGCAGCUGGGGCACCUCCGUUUCCCUGCCCUGGCCAUGGCCAUCUUUUUCUUUGAUGGGUGGUGGGCAGCAGACAUUGGGAAGGGGAGGGUGCUGAGGAAAGAUGACUGCUGUUUUAAUAUAUUUUUGUGACUUUCA